AUAAAUAAUUCCUGAAAUAACGGCCUUCUUGAUUCCCUGCAAUCUGUACAGUAAGAAGAAGCAGCGGCAGGCGCCAAAGAAGCCAUAACGAGCCUCAUUCUUCGGAAAAUGGGAACCAUAAUCGACUCUCACUUCCUCGCUCUCACCGCCAUUGUCACAGUGGGGUACCAGCUCUUGUUCUUCGUCAUCACAGCUGCUCUCAAGAUCGAUAAAGUCACCGACUUUGCUGGGAGCACGAAUUUUGUGAUUAUAGCUGGGCUGACUUUGAUUCUCAAAGGGACUUGGCAUUUCAGACAGGUGGUUUUGACUUUGCUUGUUGUGAUAUGGGGACUUCGAUUAGCACUGUUUCUGUUGAUGAGAAUUCUACAGUGGGGGGAAGAUCGUCGUUUCGAUGAAAUGCGCAGCAACAUCGGGAAAUUGGCAUUUUUCUGGUCAUUCCAGGCCGUUUGGGUUUGGACUGUGAGUUUACCUGUAACGAUCGUGAAUGCGAGUAACAGAGACCCUCCUCUUCAGGCUCAAGAUAUAAUCGGGUGGAUCAUGUGGACACUUGGUCUUCUUAUUGAAGCUACAGCUGAUCAGCAGAAGCUGUCUUUCAAGAAUUCCCCCGAGAAUAGAGGGAAAUGGUGCGAUGUUGGAGUCUGGAGAUAUUCCCGACACCCAAAUUAUUUUGGAGAGAUUCUCCUGUGGUGGGGCAUCUUUAUUGCUUCCACACCCGUGCUGGAAGGUGCAGAGUGGCUUGUAGUUUUCGGGCCAGUCUUCAUCACUCUGUUGCUUCUAUUCGUCAGUGGGAUCCCCUUGCUCGAGAUAUCUGCUAAUAAGAAGUUCGGGAAUGUACCUGCAUACAGGCAGUACAAAACAACAACGAGCCCCCUGAUUUUGCUUCCCCCGGAGAUCUAUGGGAGGUUGCCACUGUGGUUCAAGUCGAUCUUCCUCUUUGACCUUCCCAUGUACAGCCGGAAUCUUCCCCAGGAAUUCUGGUAUAGAGCAAGCAGGAUGCAGAAGGGCAAGUGAAACAAAGAUGGCUUAGCUCCAGUUAGAGAACUGUAAAGUUUAUCCUUUCACCUCCAGCUCGUAAAUACCCUGAAUACAUCUAUUUUCUGAAGAUUGUACUACUACGAGAUUUCCUUAUCUGUUGCCUGUUUGUUCGGUACUUUAUUUGCUUGGAAGUCCAGCUCAGGCCGGUUUUACCCAUCA